CAGACGAUUUGCUCUGUUGUAAUUUUACGCCCCAGAAAUGAUGGUUUAUGUUAGUUAAGUUAAGCGGAAGCUGAGGCCAAGUGUGGGCAUCGUCCGCUUGUUGUUGUAGUGAAGGAACAACACCGAGGCUCCGGAGGCAGAUGACGGCGUGAUGGAAGAAGAAGGAUUAAUGUCCUCUGUCCCACAAGAUUCUCUUGAUAAGGAUUUUACUAAGGAAAUGGAUGUUAUAGAGGGUGAUGAAAGUAACUUAGAUGGGAAUAAUGCUGGGGAAGACGAAGAGGCUGAUGUGCAUGAGGCUGAUGAAGUUGAAGAGAGUCAAGAUGCUGAGGAGAAGGAACCCUCAGAAGAAGCAAAUCUGCAGGAAGAUGCAUUAGAUAACAUCACUGAUGAUGUAGAAUCUGCAAAUAAGUCAGAUAAUAAAGAAAAAAGUGAAGACGAAAAAGCUCCCCCUGAAAAGUCUGCAGAGAACGAAGUGGGUAUCACACACUAUGCUGGAAAUCAUGAGGGUUUCUUUGGUAUUAUUAAACAAAGGUUUUCAGAUUUUCUUGUGAAUGAAAUAAACAGUGCUGGAGAGAUUGUUUGCAUCACCGAACAAAUGGUCCCUCACGAACCUGAAGAAAUUCCAGCUGAACCAGCUGAGCUACCACCAGAACUGACACCAGAGAAGAUCAGUGAACUAAAUAGGUUGGUGGGUAUUAAAGAGCCUGUGAGAUUACCCAUUGUUGCUCCAACUAAAAAAGACCUUGAAGCAGAGGAGACUCCCACAUGUGAUCAGAGUGAGACGGAAGAGUCUGAGAUCAGCUUGCAACAGGCAGAUGAAGAUAAAAAAAUGCAAGAUGAUGAUGGUGAAGAAGACAAUGAUCAGGAUGACAAAUUAGCAGAGGAAGGUUUAAAUGAUGUUAAGCAGGAAACCGUCAAGCAUGAAACUGUAGAUAAAGUAAAGGACGAGAGUGAAGAAAUGGAACAUCAUGAAUUUACGGAAAGUGAAACAGAAUUCAAAAUGGCAUCAAAAGAAGAGGAUGAAUCGGAUAAAAUAACUGAAGAAGCAGAAGUAGCAAAAGACGUGGAAGGCAUAUUUAAGAAACCAUUAGAAGAACCCUUCAACAAGGGAUCAUCAGCUGAGAAUUACAAAAAGAAUAAAGACAAGUUUGGUAAGGAAACAGGAGAUGCACCCAAAGAGGUCUUGAUUGAUGUAAACAAUACAGACAAAGAGGGAAGAACUGCCAUUCACCGAGCAGUUAAGGCCAAGUACCGUGUGGUUGACAGCAUCUAUAAAGAGAUGGAGGAUGGUGGGAGGUACAUUCUUGUUAGAAGGAAAAAAACAGGUAGUGUGCGACGAGAGAGGACUACAUGGCCCAAGUCUCAGAUGUAUACCACAUUUGUACUAUACAAAGAAAAUAUUGAUACUAUGGAAGCUAUCAAUUACAUUGCUUGGAAAACCAGGGUAAAACCUAACAAUUUUUGUUAUGCUGGAACCAAAGACAGACGUGCCAAGACAAGUCAGCUUGUAUCUGUAAGUCGAGUUGCUCCUCAUAAACUUUGGCAUGCAACUAAGAAUCACAGGGGAAUUGAACUUGGCAACUUUCGUUUUCGACCUACCCCUCAGAAAUUGGGUCAGCUCCGAGGGAAUCACUUUAGAGUUGUUUUGAGAGAAGUGAAGGGAACUGAUGAAGUAAUAACAUCUGCAAUUGAAUCUUUGAAGACUACUGGCUUUAUUAAUUACUAUGGAACUCAGCGGUUUGGUACUACCACCAUCCCAACAUACGUUAUUGGUCGAGAACUUUUGAAGAGCAAUUGGCAACAGGCUGUUAACCUCAUACUUGCUCCACGUGAGAAUGAUAUUCCUGAACUUAACCGGUGUCGCAUCACUUGGAAAGAAACUGGAGAUGCAGAAGCAGCUCUUAAAUCACUUCCCAAAGGAUGGGAAUCAUCAGUUGAGGCUCAGCUCCUGACUGGCCUUGUUCAGCUACAAAGGAAUGACCUUGUAGGAGCACUUGAUCGUAUUCCUCGCAAUACACGGUUACUUUAUCUCCAUGCAUACCAGAGCUACUUGUGGAACAUUGUAGCAUCUCGGCGUAUUGAGAAAUACGGCCUUAAGGUUCUGCCAGGAGAUAUAGUUCGUCGGAAGGGGGACAAAACUGAUGAAGAAGUGUCAUCAUCAAGGCUGGUGUCUUCUCCAGAGUUGCCAGUUACAACACCAUUCAAUAACGAAGGCUCCAAUAGUGAGAAGGUGGGUACGCAUUGGUGGAACGCUGAAGUAACGAAGGCUGUGCAAGAAAAAAAAGAAGCUUAUUAUUUGAAAAUGCAGACGGAAGGCGUGAGUGAAGAGGAGCGGAAAGAGCGCCAGAAAAGAUAUCAAGAAGCAAAGCAGAGAGCUAAAAGAGUGGUAAGAGAAAGCAAGAGGAAAGCUGAAGAAGAAUUAGGGAAGUAUUGGGCGAAAGUUAAAACCCUGCCAUUAGAAGUAAUUGAAGACGAGAGUAAUGACAGUCACAUUUCAGAAGGGGAGGCAGCCGAUCAAGAGGCAAAGGCAGACAUUGAGGGCGAAGAAACAAAUGGCAAUAAAACUCCAGAUCUAUGCUUUUUGACAAAAGAAGAGGCAGAGACAGCAGAUAUUUCAGAUGUCCUUUUGCCACUGCCUGGCUAUAGUGUAAUGUAUCCUGAGAGUGAAAUUAAAGACUGGUAUGCUGAAUUAUUGGAGGCUGAUGGCUUGUCUUUUGAAGCCCUGAAGCACCGAGUCAAAUCAUAUGCAGUGGGUGGAGCCUAUCGACGAUUGAUUGUUCGACCCACAAAUGUCAAUGGAACACUAUGUUACUACAAAGAUCCCAGUAAAUCACUCAUCCAGUCUGAUAUGGACAAGUUGCGAGGUGCUGAGGUUAAAGAUAAUAUAUUAGAAGAGGGUCCACACAGAGCUGUGAUCCUAGAAAUGACACUACCAGCAUCUUCAUAUGCUACAAUUGCACUUCGAGAAUUGCUCAAGAUGGAUACCUCCUCUCAGUUUCAGGCAUCGCUCAAUCCACCAGCAACCUACUUAAAUAGAAAUCGAGAUUUUGGUAAUAGACGAGGGAUGCCCAGAGGAAGAGGUGGACCAUGGAGAGGGUCUGAUCGAAGAGGGGGCUGGGAUGACAGAGGCUCAUGGAAACAAGGAACAUGGAGGAGCCACGAUAAUACUGGAUCUACUUGGCGGCAGAAUAGGGGUGGUGGGAGAGGAUCUUACCAGACUGGUGGUGAUCAUGGAGGUUAUAGAGGGGGUCGGGACUAUGGUUGGAAUAGUAGCAGAGGAGGUGGAGGAAGGGGUGGUUAUGGAGGAGGUAGUGGAUGGGGUGGACGAGGUGAAAAAAGGUCAAGAAGGGGAGGAGAUAGCUGGAAUGCUAAGAGGGGGAGAUAUUAUUAGCUCUUGGGUGACAGGUAAAACAACGUCUGAAAUGGAAAUCUGGUGUCCAUAGGGUGUUGUGCAUGUCUCAACAAUAUAUGUACUUCUGUAUUGACUUUGAGAUCGCACUUGUAAGAGGUUUCAUUUUCUAAAAUUCCACAUCAUGAAUGAUGAUAGAGAUUUAAUGACUAGAAUAAUUUUUAUUUUGUAAGUGCAAAUCUGAUAUGAAUCUUAAGUGAAAAAGUGUUUUAUGAUUGUAAGAAUGAGCUGAAUACCUAUAGUAGGCAAUUUCCUUGUUCUGUAAGAUAAAUUGCCAAGGCAUUAGAACUAGGCUGCCAGCAUGAAUGUUGUGUAUUUGAAAUGAUCAUUUUUUAUCAAUAGGAUGCUCUAUUUCUUAUACCCAUUAAGGAGUUGAUUUUUAUAGUAUUGAACAGGAAAAUUACAAGGUUUAUAUUUUACUGUAACUUUUUUUUUCUUUGCAUUUGUGUAUAUAUGCUUGUAUAUAUACACAGACACGUGCACAUACAUGUACUGUAUACUUUGCUUAGUAAGUUAUACUUAAUGUUUGACGAAACAUGCUGAAUACUUGAGUAUAAGAGAGGUGCAUAUUAAAAGUAUGUAAAAAUUAUUUGAGCAUGUUAGUUUGUCAUACAGCAGUGUAACACCAUGCCAUUGCUAGGACCAGUGUCAGAAUAUUAAAAAAUGUCUGAUCCAUCCUUAAUAUAGAAAAUUUGACGGUAGGCAAAGCUCUACAGAAUAUUAAGAAACUGUAAAAUUAAGGUUAAUUACAGUUGGAAAAUAAUUAUUUAAAAAAGGCUAGUACAGUAUUAAAAAUACUUCAAAUAGUAUUUUUCCAUUAUUAAUGAUUCAAUCUAUUAAUAUAUAAUCAAGACACACUUGCAUGUAUACAUGCAUGCAUAUGAAUAUUAUAUUGUCAUGAAGACAUACUCACAUUCAGCCAUGUAAAUAUUGUGGAUACACGUGUUUGUGUAUAAUUGUAACUGUAUACAGUAUGUUAUAUAUUUUACAUUGAUGCAUCCAUAGGAGGAAUUUUAAUCCUAAAUUUGCGUCUUACUUUAUAUUAGACAAGUUCUUAAAUAUUUAGGGGAACCCUUUUGGAUGAAGAUAAGUUUCUAAAUGUUGGAAAGCAAGAAAAUUCAAAUUAUGUCUAUAACUAUCAAACUGUUCUGAAUAAUUUAAUAAAUGAUUCUUUAUGGUUUUUUUUUU